CGCGCCGUCCCUUACAAACCGGUCGCGAUACGAACGGAUACGAGUGCGAUACGUAACGAGGCCGCGACGUUGCCGCUCUGGCGCUGUGGAACCCGCGCAGUCGCGACGUCGACACGAGCCCGACACGAUGCCGCUGCCGUUCAACAAAAAUUUAGACUUAAAAUUACUAAAAUUAGUCAAAGAAAAUCCUAUUUUAUACAACACUAAGCACUCAAAAUAUUUGGAUUUUGAUUCGAGAGAAGUAGUCUGGCAGAAAAUUGGAGACGCAUUAAACCGGCCAGCCCUCGUCUGCAAAUCAAGAUGGAUAAACAUAAGAGAUAUGAUGAGGAGGAAAGUCAGAGACCGACUCCGAAACCCCAACGCAUACAGCUAUAAGUACAAAUACGAAGACGAGAUCUCCUUCAUGAUGCCGUACUUCAGAGAGUCUUCCUCAACCAGCACCGCCGAGGAGUACCCUGAAUUCCUUGACGAGCCCUCCGAAAUAGAAAUGCCAUCCGAAGUCUACGUGGACGAGACCUUAGACUUUGAAGAACCACGAGAAACGAAACCUGUAUUCAGAAAAAGACAGACUGAUGAAGCGUCCGCAAAUUCUUCUAGAGAUUUCUCAGAUCAAAUGUUUCAGGAAUUAAACCCUGCUGAUCCUUUAGACGUGUUUCUUCUGACUAUAGGUUCGACGCUAAGGAAGUUCAGCCCUUACUACCUGAACCAGGCGAAGAGUAAGAUAUUCCAGGUGGUCCAGGAUUAUGAGCUGCAGCAGAUUGUUAAUAAAGAUGAUCAGACCCCUGGCAGUAGUAGUGAUAGAUAGUGUUAUACUUGUC